UUCGCUCGCUGCCGACUGAGUGUGUGUGUGUCUCUCGCUCUCUCUCUCUGAGUGUGUGUGUGUUUGCAGUUUGUUCAUUUCCUCACUUUUUCUCUGCGCGGCCUCUGCAAACUAGCCGCCUCCUUCUGUCGGAUCCGGUUCAAUCUCUUCCCUCGGAGUCGGAGGAGAAGCGCGUGUUUCUUUUGGAACUUUAUUGAAUUCUGCGGAGCUCGAAGUGGAAUAGAGAGAAAAGUCAAGAGAACGAGGGAGGAGAAGGAGAAGAAGCAAAGCGGUGGAGCCUGGAGGAGGAACACUCUCUAGUGACCAUGGAGGUUCCUGGUAUGCAGAGUUCUCAGAUCGAUCCGGAGGAGCUGUUCACCAAACUGGAUCGCAUCGGGAAGGGAUCGUUCGGAGAGGUGUUCAAGGGCAUCGACAAUCGCACCCAGAGCGUCGUGGCCAUAAAGACCAUCGACCUGGAGGAGGCGGAGGACGAGAUCGAGGACAUCCAGCAGGAGAUCACGGUCCUCAGCCAGUGCGACAGCCCGUACAUCACCAAGUACUUCGGCUCGUACCUGAAGGGCAGUAAACUAUGGAUCAUCAUGGAGUAUCUGGGCGGCGGCUCGGCGCUCGACUUGCUGCGGGCCGGCCCGUUCGAGGAGUCUCAGAUCGCCACCAUGCUGAAGGAGAUCCUGAAGGGGCUCGACUACCUGCACUCGGAGAAGAAGAUCCACAGAGACAUCAAAGCCGCCAACGUGCUGCUGUCGGAGCACGGCCAGGUGAAGCUGGCCGACUUCGGCGUCGCCGGGCAGCUGACGGACACGCAGAUCAAGAGGGAAACGUUCGUGGGGACGCCGUUCUGGAUGGCGCCCGAGGUCAUCCAGCAGUCGGCCUACGACUCCAAGGCCGACAUCUGGUCGCUGGGCAUCACGGCCAUCGAGCUGGCGAAGGGCGAGCCGCCGAACUCGGACAUGCACCCGAUGCGAGUUCUCUUCCACAUCCCCAAAUCUCCGCCGCCGACGCUGAUCGGAGAGUUCUCCAAGAGCUUCAAGGAGUUCACCGAGGCCUGUCUCAACAAGGACCCCGCCUUCCGUCCCACAGCCAAGGAGCUGCUCAAGCACAAGUUCAUCGUCAAACACUGCAAGAAGACGUCGUACCUCAGCGAGCUGAUCGACCGCUACAGGCGGUGGAAGGAGGAGGGGCACAGCGGCAGCAGCUCCGACGACUCGGACAGUGAGUCCAGUAACAAGGAGAACAGCGAGUCUCCCAAAUGGUCCUUCACCACCGUCCGUAAGAAGAAGUCCGACGGCAGGAAGGUUCUGAACGGAACGGGUCAAGAUCAGCUGAGUAAAUCUUCCAGUCUGACCACAGUCAUCUCUCCCGUCUUCACCGAGCUGAAGCAGCAGCACAAGGAACACUCUGAGCAGCGCCUGGCCAUCGAGGAGCUGGAGCGCAACAUCCGAUUGGCUGAGGACGUCUGUCCAGGCAUCACGGACAGGAUGGUCACGCACAUCAUCGCCAGAUUCACCACCAAGUGAGCGAUGUACAGGUCGACGGAGGAAGUGCGUCAGACGAAGACGUGUCGCCGUGCGGGGACGCUGCUGGACGAUGGGAAAACGGAGGAGAUUUGCUGUGCGAUGUCUCCUGGCUGUACACACACACACACACACACACACACACACACACACACACAUUCACACACAUUCACACACACACACACACACACUCACACAUUCAUAUAUACACACACAUUCACACACACACACACACACACACACACACACACACACACACACACACGCACUACUAAUGUAAUAUAUACUCUAUAUAUUAUGUAUAUAUAUAUAUAUUUAUAUAUAUAUAUAAAUAUAUUCACUGCUGCUGGUUGAAGACUUUUCCCCCCAGAUAUGAUUUCAAAAGACAGCUGCACUUUUGAAUGAACUGGUUCGAAUUUUUUCUUUUUGAGUUUGUCAGUUGGAUUUCUUGGUUUUCAAUUCCCCUAUUUUUUAAGGGGUCGUGAAUCUCUCUCUCUCUCUCUCUCUCUCUCUCUCUCUCUCUCUCUCUCUCUCUCUCUCUCUCUCUCUCUCUCUCUCUCUCUCUCUCUCUCUCUCUGUCUCUCUCUCUCUGUCUCUCUCUCUCUCUCUCUCUCUUGAAGAAUAAGGCACAGCGUUUUGUCAAACUUUAAUUUAAAACAUCCCAACUUUUUCUAAACUCCGUCAUUGUGCCUUAACUGUUCACGCAAUCCGCCGUCUUCUGAAAGAAGACGCCAUUUUUUGUUAAGUGCAGAUGAUUUUUGUUGUACACAGUAUAUGAGAUAUAAGUGAGUCCACCGGCAGUGGUGUGCUUAUUGUGUCACGGCUCGCCUUGACCGUGUAUAUUUUUAAGAUGUUUGUUGAGUAGCACUUGAGAAAGGUUAUACGCCAAUAUUGCAUUUUGUUUUGUUGUCUUCAGUUAUACUUUUUAGUUACAGCUCCCUGAUUCAGGAAUUUAAUUCGGGUAUGUCAGGUCCUUCACGUGUAAAAAAAUAAAAAAUACAACAAAAUGAACAUUCUACCACUGAAACAAUGCUAAAAGGUCAGAAAACCCGAUUCCUCAGCGUUACUCCUAUAUGAAAUAUUUUCAAGAAUAAGGGUGAAAAACUUGUACAUUAUAGUUCUGAAUUUCCAAAGUGAAAAUCUUAUAAAGAAAAAGCUAUUUAAGAAUUCUUCUCCAGUUCAUUUUUGGGAACUAGUCUAGCCUGUUAAAUAUGUCUUCAAAUAUAUAAUCACAACUUGUAAUAUUGAGAUCAGCGUCAUCACCAACAUUCCACAUAGUAGCAUCCGAAUUAGCGGUCGAAUAAAAUCGUAGAAAUGAUGAAAUCUCAAUGUUGCUCUGGCUCCGGAAGUCAUUUCAUUGCAAGAAUCAAAAUUUUUUUUAAAUCCGGGAAAAUGUGUGAGAGCUGUCAACUUCUGAAUGUUGACGCAUUGUUUUGAACAUGAUUCUUGAUGUUAUGAUGUUAUUCUUGGAGAGUGGUACGGGGAGCUGUAAUCAGAGGUGUUACUGACAGUUUGUACCAAAGACACUAUAGAACUUUUUAUAUAUCAUAAGGGAUACAAUAAUGCUUGUUGAGGGGGGAAAUGUAUGAAAGAUGUACGAUUUUACAUUCAUGUUUUCUUUUUUUUGUAGCGGGACUUAGAGUUUUACGAAUAAAUAUUUAAGUUUGAUUGAGAA